AUGUCCCGGGACUCUUUUCAAUAUCUCAAUGGCUUCAAUUGUGAAUUCGACGUCGCAAUCCCUCACAAUACGCCCAAGAUUCUGGCAAACAUGUCUUUCACGAGACUUCCUACCCGGUUACUCUCCAUUGCACGAGCUACACCCCAGCUUGUGGGGCACACUCCUAUCCGAACGUCACACCAAAUUCGUUUCGAAUCCACGAGAGUCCCACGAUUAGCCCAAGCCUCGAUCUGGAGCUCCAUGGUCCCUAAAUUCAUCCGAAACCGCGGUUCCAAAGAAAAAACGGCCGAGUCAGCGAAAUCGAAAGAAUGGAACCCCGCUAGCUUCUACAUCAUCAUAUUCAUCUUGAUUGGAUCACAAGCGAUCCGGAUGAUCGCGCUGAAGAACGACUACCGCGCAUACACGCGGACGACAGACGCUAAGAUCACGCUUCUACGAGAAGUCAUUGAGCGGGUGAAGAAUGGUGAGAAGGUAGACGUGGAGCGAUUACUGGGGACUGGCGAUCAGGGCAAGGAGAGGGAGUGGGAAGAGAUUCUGCAUGAGAUCGAGGAGGAGGACUCGUUAUGGCAUCAGAAGUCGAAGGAUCAGGAGCCGGAUCAACAAUCUCAGUCGAAAGAACAGCAGGUGGAGAACUCGCAAAAAGACCCAGUUAUGCCUGCUGAAGGCGCCGGAAAUGAGGAGCCACCUGCAAAUAGCCCCUCGAGACGGAAGAUCAAUUUCUUCUGA